UAUGGUGCUCAUUCAGCAAUCGCUCAAGUGUCAUCGAUGGCUGACGCUUUCACGGACGUUUCGGAUGUUUUUUUUUAUCGAGGAGUAUCUGAGCCGAAUGACGAUAUGUUCGCGAUGAAACUGCGCUACGAACCAUUGUUUCCCCUUCAAAUUGUUUUCACAACAUCUUCAAUGGAUACAUUCUAUGAGAUUUGGACGUUGCGAUCUACUCUGGCCAUUGAAUUAGCUCAUCUCGAGAAGUUAGAAUUCGAUGAAAUAUUAAUGAGUUGGCAUUUUAUGCUGAUGCGAUCGAGAAUGAUGAGUUUCUUGAAUACUCUGCAAAUGUUUCUUCAAACUCAAAUUGAUCAUGUUCUUGCAACAGCAUCACUGAAGGGCGAAUUGCUUAAUUCAGAGACACUGGAUGAAGCACACGAGGCACUUAAGUGA